GAGCGCGAUGGGCCAGUCCGCGCGCAGGCGUGGAACACCAAGACGCUGGCCGCGGAGCCGGCUCUGCGGCGUGUGCGCAGGCGCGAGGUCGGCGGCUCGCCCCAAGCGGGAGGGAGGGGGCGGCGGCGAGAGCGCGCGAGGGGGUGAAACGGCACUAGCAAGACCCCGGCGCGCGGCGCCCCCGGACCCCUGCCCCGCCUCCGUGCGCCCAGCGGCCGCCCCGCCCCCGGCGCGCGCCGAGCCGCGCCCUUCGCCCUUUCCCCUUUCUCGGCUGGUCUCGCCGGGAGGCCCGAGGGGCGGCGCCUUCUGCGGCCUCCCCGGCGGGGGGAUGUGAGGGGCGGCCCGCGGCCAUGGAGACCGGCCCGGCGCCCCUGGUGGCCCCGCCGCGCCGUCAUGGCGCCCCCGCGGCCCCGUCGCCGCCGCCCCGGGGUUCCCGGGCCGGGCCCGUCGUGGUGGUGGCUCCGGGACCUCCAGUGACUACGGCCACUUCGGCCCCCGUCACCCUGGUGGCCCCCGGGGAGGCGCGGCCCGCCUGGGUCCCGGGGUCGGCCCAGACCUCUGCCCCGGCCCCGGCCCCAGCCCCGGCCGUCACGGGCAGCACGGUGGUGGUGCUGACCCUGGAGGCCUCGCCCGAAGCCCCAAAGCCUCAGGUCCCCUCCGGCCCGGAACCCUCAGAGCCCGCGGCCGUGGCUGGAGCUGAGACGUCGAGGGCUCUGGCCGCAGGGGCAGACUCUCCGAGGACAGAGGAGGCUCGACCCUCACCCGCCCCAGGACCAGGGACCCCCACCGGGACCCCUACCAGGACCCCUUCCAGAACGGCUCCUGGGGCCCUGACCGCCAAACCCCCGCUUGCCCCCAAGCCGGGAACCACAGUGGCCUCAGGAGUGACUGCACGGAGUGCAUCAGGACAAGUGACAGGGGGGCAUGGAGCUGCCGCAGCAACAUCAUCAGCAGGACAGGCUCCUGAGGACCCCUUAGGCCCUGGCGCAGGCCCCUCGGGGACUUGUGAGGCUCCGGUAGCUGUCGUGACCGUGACCCCAGCUCCGGAGCCUGCUGAAAACUCUCAAGACCUGGGCUCCACGUCCAGCCUGGGACCUGGCAUCUCUGGGCCUCGAGGGCAGGCCCCGGACACGCUGAGUUACUUGGACUCCGUGAGCCUCAUGUCUGGGACCUUGGAGUCCUUGGCGGAUGAUGUGAGCUCCAUGGGCUCAGACUCAGAGAUAAACGGGCUGGCCCUGCGCAAGACGGACAAGUAUGGCUUCCUUGGGGGCAGCCAGUAUUCAGGCAGCCUAGAGAGCUCCAUUCCCGUGGACGUGGCUCGGCAGCGGGAGCUCAAAUGGCUGGACAUGUUCAGUAACUGGGAUAAGUGGCUGUCACGGCGAUUCCAGAAGGUGAAGCUGCGCUGCCGGAAGGGGAUCCCCUCAUCUCUCAGAGCCAAGGCCUGGCAGUACCUGUCUAAUAGCAAGGAACUUCUGGAGCAGAACCCAGGAAAGUUUGAGGAGCUGGAACGGGCUCCUGGGGACCCCAAGUGGCUGGAUGUGAUUGAGAAGGACCUGCACCGCCAGUUCCCUUUCCACGAGAUGUUUGCUGCUCGAGGGGGGCAUGGGCAACAGGACCUGUACCGAAUCCUGAAGGCCUACACCAUCUACCGGCCUGACGAGGGUUACUGCCAGGCCCAGGCCCCCGUGGCCGCGGUCCUGCUCAUGCACAUGCCUGCGGAGCAAGCCUUUUGGUGCCUGGUGCAGAUCUGCGACAAGUACCUGCCAGGUUACUACAGUGCAGGGCUGGAGGCCAUUCAGCUGGAUGGGGAGAUCUUUUUUGCGCUCCUGCGCCGGGCCUCUCCGCUGGCGCAUCGCCACCUGCGGCGGCAGCGCAUCGACCCUGUGCUCUACAUGACGGAGUGGUUCAUGUGCAUCUUCGCCCGUACCUUGCCCUGGGCAUCGGUGCUGCGUGUCUGGGACAUGUUUUUCUGUGAAGGCGUUAAGAUCAUCUUCCGGGUGGCCCUGGUCCUGCUGCGCCACACGCUGGGCUCGGUGGAGAAGCUGCGCUCCUGCCAAGGCAUGUAUGAGACCAUGGAGCAGCUGCGUAACCUGCCCCAGCAGUGCAUGCAGGAGGACUUCCUGGUGCAUGAGGUGACCAAUCUGCCAGUGACAGAAGCACUGAUUGAGAGGGAGAAUGCAGCCCAGCUCAAGAAGUGGCGGGAAACACGCGGGGAGCUGCAAUAUCGGCCCUCACGGCGACUGCAUGGCUCCCGGGCCAUCCAUGAGGAGCGCCGGCGGCAACAGCCACCCCUGGGCCCCUCCUCCAGCCUCCUCAGCCUCCCUGGUCUCAAGAGCCGAGGCUCCAGGGCAGCUGGAGGGGCUCCCUCCCCACCGCCUCCCGUCCGCAGGGCCAGUGCUGGGCCUGCCCCAGGGCCUGUGGUCACUGCUGAGGGACUGCAUCCAUCCCUUCCCUCACCCACUGGCAACAGCACCCCAUUGGGUUCCAGCAAGGAGACCAGGAAGCAGGAGAAGGAGCGGCAGAAACAGGAGAAGGAGCGGGAGAAGGAGCGGCAGAAGCAGGAGAAGGAGCGGGAGAAGGAGCGGCAGAAGCAGGAGAAAGAGCGGGAGAAACAGGAGAAGGAGCGGGAGAAGCAGGAGAAGGAGCGGGAGAAGCAGGAGAAGGAGCGGCAGAAGCAGGAGAAGAAGGCUCAAGGCCGGAAGCUUUCGCUUCGUCGAAAGGCAGAUGGGCCCCCAGGCCCCCACGAUGGUGGGGACAGGCCCUCAGCAGCCGAGGCCCGGCAGGACGCUUACUUCUGACCUCUGCCCUGGGGCUGGACUGCAUGGCCCCCUUCUUUCCCUCAGCCAAGAGCAGGCCUGGCCCGAGGUGCCACCCCCUAGCCCCUCGGCAGGCUGUCCCUCACUGGGGAAAGUGGCUUGGUUCCCUGUCUCCUCACCAGCUGCUGAUCCCUACACGGGCAGGACAGAUGGGCAGCUGCAAACGAGUCUGGAGCCUCUCAUCUCCCAUGAGGCUCAGCUGGGGUCUUUGUCGCUCCUGCCCCAGUUCCCUCUGGGUCCCCUACUAGGUGCUGUCCUGAUUGGCCCGUUGUCAUCCCAGGGGUGACUCCUGGUGAUGGGAGUCAGCAGUUUCAAAUUCUUACACUCCAUGGCUCCCCUUACCAUGAGGUGGAGCUGGCUUCCUUUUCCCUGUCUUCAGCCCUCCCUGUCUCCAAUUCCUGGCCAGGGCUCUCCUUCUGGACCUUUCUGUGUUGUAAUUAUGUACAGAGGAUGGGGUUGGCCUGGGGUGGGGAUGCUCGCUUUUGUCUUCUGUCCUUUGGUUCUCCUUCCAUAAUGCUCCUGUACCCAGUUUAUUUAAGGGGGCAUGCACUGGAAUAGGAAAUGUCCCCCAUAUCCCUUCCCGCACCCUGCUGUGCACCCUCCAAACCCACCUUGCUCUGUGUUCUCAGGCCCCCCUGCUUUGUCUCACCAGGACCCCUACCUUUCACCUUGUUCCCUUCCACCCCUCCAGUUAGUCCCUAUCUGGGUAAGGGUCUUCCCUUGAGCUCCAGGGGGUGGAACCCAAUGUUUACAUUCUCUUCUGUCUCUGCCCCCACCCCAUGCAGCGCUUUGAGGAAUCAGAAAAGAACCAGCUGUUGUACCUGA